CCUGCAGGGUUGAAACUAGAUGAUCAUUGUGGUCCUUUUGAAUCCAGGCCAUUCUAUGAUUCUAUGAUUCAAUCUGUGCCAUUCUGCUCAAGAAAUUAACAUCCCAUAAGGCUGGAUUGGUGGCUAAUGUACAUGCAUGGAUCCGUGGGCACAAUCUAGUAAUGCAUCUUAACCAAAAAAAGGCAGCAUUUAAAUUUAUCUGAUCAAAGCAGGAAGCAUAUAUUAGUAUUAUUUUUAUAAUGCUAAAGCUAUUAUGAGAUAAACAUUUCCCCUAAUGUGAAGUUGGUUUAUUAAUGUCAGUCCUUGAGCAAAGACUACUACAAGUCUCGAGAAAUUUCUCACUUCUACCACAAAUUUUUGCUGCUGGACAGAGAACCACGUUGUGGUAUUACUUUAUGACGUAUGGAGCAAGUUCCCUAUACGGUUGUUCUUGAAUCAGUAGCUAAUUCUCAUUACUUCAUUUAAAGAGAUUCUACUCUGCGAUGAAGAUAGUAUUUAAAAUAAUUGAAAAACAAGGAAAAGGUCUGCAGUAAACCCAGUAAGUUCUCUGAAAGGCUUCCUGAACCUGGUUUUGGAAGAGGAGAGCCUCUCAAGAACUGAGGAGCUGGUAGCACUUGAAGCAGUUCAGCUCCCUGGCAUCUCAGGAGAAACCAAGUCGCAUCUGCAGUGGGGAGGUUCAGUAAUGAAAACCACGUUCUAGAGCCAACUAAAUGUUCCAAGUAUGCACAGAAGCAUCUAGAGAGGCUCUAUUUAAUUUUCUAUAGCAAGAACACUUCCCAUAAGACAAGGUAUGUUUAAAAAAGUUUAACUUUCUAAUUAAAUCUGCAGUUACUUAAGACUUCCUGAUGAGAUAGAUACGUUACUUGAGAUCUGAUCUCUGCCCACCUCUAGCACGGCAGCAUCAGCAUCAGUUUGUUUGAGCACAGCCGAGCCUUCCCAAAGCAGUGUCCCAUCUCUGCAUUGGCUGGAGCCACUAACACCAGCAUCAUCAUGCCUGCUUGCUCAUUUUUGAGAAUCAGGAUGCUGAACGAGGCCACCUGAAACACAAACUGUCUUUUGCAGUCACGAAUGAUCAGUAUGAGUUUGUGGGGAAAAUCCCAGGUAACUCCCAGCCACUGCGUCUAAGAGCAAAGGGCAGGGCUUUCCAUCUAUCUCUGAUCUAUCUCAACCUUCUUAGCAAACACACCAUUUCACUGACAGAAGGCUCCACAUCCAGAAACAACGUUCUUCCAGGUACCAACACAUUACCUCAAACUUUGGCCUUCCAUUUCUCUCCCCAUUCCCAUCUAUAUGCAUCAAUGUAUUUUUAUCAGAAUCAGAUCUGUGUUUUAAAAGCCAUUUAUUUAUUUUAAUGUGUUUGCCUUACGUGUGUAUUACUAUCAUGAUUAUCUGUAGCCUUGCUCAAAAUGCAAUCAAGUUACUCAGGCACACAGCCUCACUAAUCUCUAGAACCACGCAUGUUCUUCAACUCCCUCAUCUAUUUUUAAAGGGCAUUUCUGUAAAGCCUCAUCAUUUUGAUACUAAAACAGUGCUGGGAAUGUACAUGGGCUGUUGAGACGUCUGUUUUUACACGGCCUAUCAAUAUGCCUAAAGUUUGACUUUUUUGUGCUGUGUCAGAUCUCAGCAGGAGAUAUUCAUUUGAAAGAGUGUACUGAUGAUCCAACUCCAAACUAAAUUUAAGCCUUCUUGUAAUCGAGAUAUAAUAUGUUUAAAGCCUGAGGUUUUCCUGGGCUGUGUCAGAUCUUAUCCAUAGUGACCAGCGUGAAAGUGUGCACUGCUCAUAGAACUCUACUCCAGGAUAAACAUAAGCCUUUUUUUUUAAUGCAGACGUCAUACAAACAAGGUUUUUCACUCAGGAUUUUUUGGUUGGUCAAGUAAACUUCUGGGUAAAGUCCCUUCUGUGACAGUCAGUAAUACGCAACUUGUGGGUCGGAGGGAGGAGAGGAGGUGCUCCUAAUUACUCUUUUUGAGCAGACUAAUUGUAAAAGAAUUAAAAAUAGACACUUUCACAUCCCAUAUGACAGUAGCCAGCAAAUCAAGACCAGCACACAAACAAGUUUUUUUUGAAGCACAUGAAAAAAUCUACCCCUCCCACAAAAGGGACUCACGUAAUCACUCUUGAAAACAAUGUGCAAGGGUAAACUUUCACAGUCAGGCUAUCCUGCUAAUGCCCUUAACUAACUGCUCACAGGAUCUAAGAAGCUGCAGAUAUGUCCACUGAGCUUCCUGCAGAAACGCCAGUUGCAGAAAUGGACACUUUCCCAACUUUUCAGACAAACAGUUCUACCUGCGACUUGUAUGAACAUAAGGAUACAGCAAGGAUAAUCCUAUCUGUGUUCUACAGCCUCAUCUUAAUUCUUGGAGUACUCGGAAACACAAUUGCCCUCACUGUCAUUUUUAAAAACAGAAAGAAGAUAAACUCUACUACCCUCUAUUCAACAAAUCUCGUCCUCUCAGAUCUACUGUUCUGUAUUGCCCUGCCUACAAGGAUAGCCUACUACGCCCUGGGAUUCCAUUGGCCAUUUGGAGAAGCAUUAUGUCGAAUAACUGCUCUCUUGUUUUACAUUAACACUUAUGCAGGUGUGAACUUCAUGACGUGUCUGAGUAUUGACAGAUUUUUCGCUGUCGUCCAUCCAUUCCGAUACAAGAUCAGAAGGAUUAAAUACGCCAAGGGCAUUUGUGUAUUUAUCUGGUUUCUUGUAUUCAGCCAAACUUUCCCAUUGCUUAUACAGCCCAUGACACAUGAAGAAAAUGAAAGGACUACAUGUAUGGAAUAUCCAAACUUUGAAAAAAUAGCCCAUUUACCAUUUAUACUUCUUGCUGCCUGCUUAGUAGGAUACCUUAUUCCCCUUGGAAUUAUACUAUUUUGUUAUUCUCAAAUCAGCUGCAAACUUUUUCAAACAGCCAAGGAAAAUCCACUGACUGAAAAAUCAGGGAUAAACAAAAAAGCUAUCAAUACAAUCCUAUUUGUAAUUAUAGUGUUCAUCAUUUGCUUUACCCCUUAUCAUGUUGCAAUCAUACAACACAUGAUUAAGAAGCUUCAGUAUCAACCCUUAUGCAACGAAAACCAAAUUUUCCAGAAAUCACUCCAUUAUACCGUGUUUCUGAUGAAUUUUAAUUGCUGUCUAGAUCCUUUCAUCUAUUUCUUUGCAUGCAAAGGAUACAAAAGGACUGUUCUGAAAAUACUGAGGCGACAAGUGAGCGUAUCAAUUUCAAGUGCUGCCAGAUCACACCAUGAAGAAAGCUCACGCGAUGUGGGAGAAACACAAAUGAUGGUACUCGCAAAAUCUGCCAAUGGGAAGUUACCUGAAAAAUCAAGUCUGUAGUACAAUGUAGUGAAGUAGGCUUAAAAAUCCUGGGUCCGUGGUAAAAAUUCUUAACAUUCCCUGUACAGUAGCUUCAGGAAGAUUCUGCUUCUCAGGAUGUCAGGAAAUCAAGGACUGAUGUUAGACCGAAAAAGAAUUACCACAGGACAGCAGGAAGACUCAAAAUUACAACUUCCUAGCUACAUCAUUUUGACUGAUCUCAUUACUUUUUUCCAGGAAAUGCACACCAUUGUGAACAUCCAAAUUCCAUACUGCUGGAUGUCAUCAACUCAAGCAAAGACUUGACUCAGUUUAACUGGAUGCCUGAGAAAGGAUUAAACAAAAAAUAGCUUAUAACUCAAGAGUUACAACUAGCACACCUGAAAAUUACAAGAGCUCUAGCUGAGCUACAAGUACAUCAAUGGGUUUGUUAUCCUAAUCACAGAAGUCAAGCAAUCAAAUUUUUAGAUAAAAUGGACAGCUUCUAUGCACAGUUUGACUGCUGCAAGUGCUUAGUUUAUAGUAAUUUGGAGGUAAAAGUGCAUUUUAUAGUACUUAUAGAUAAUAGAGUACUAUAUAGAUUACAUUUGUCUUACUGGAGAAUUCACAGAUACUUUUGUCAAAUAUUACAGAUGAAAAUUUAAUGAAGUCUUCAAUUCUCCCAAAUACUGACUGUGCCCCACACAUUCAAUCACUUGUUCUUUUCAAGGUCUAUUACCUCUUGAAUCCUUUUUCUAAGGGAGAACUUUUCUUUCCAGUAUGUAUUAUAAAGAGACUCUAAGUUGUACAUAAAUUAUUUAUGAACGCAGAAAUAAGUUGAUGCUAGAGACUGAAACACAAAAAGUGCACUGUUUUGGUUAAAA